CUCUGUGCAGCAUGGCGGCGGCGGGCGUCUCGCAGCCCCAGGCCGGGGUCGCCGCCGCCGCCGAGGAGUCGUCGGACAGCGAGCCCGAGCAGGAGCCCGGUGCGCCGCAGAAGCUCAUCCGCAAGGUCUCCACGUCCGGCCAGAUCCGGCAGAAGACUGUUAUAAAAGAGGGGAUGCUAAUGAAACAGACCAGCUCGUUCCAGCGCUGGAAGAGGCGAUACUUCAAACUGCGGGGACGGACACUCUACUAUGCAAAAACUGCAAAGUCAAUUAUAUUUGAUGAGGUGGACCUGACAGAUGCUAGCGUGGCAGAAUCAAGCACUAAGAAUGUCAACAACAGCUUCACGAUUAUCACUCCAUGUCGGAAGCUCAUCCUCUGUGCUGAUAACAGAAAAGAGAUGGAAGAUUGGAUUGCAGCACUGAAGACUGUGCAGAACAGGGAACAUUUUGAGUCAACCCAGUACAGCAUGGACCAUUUCUCAGGGAUGCAUAACUGGUACGCCUGCUCACACGCUCGGCCAACAUACUGCAAUGUGUGCCGAGAAGCAUUAUCAGGGGUUACAUCACAUGGACUCUCUUGUGAAGUGUGUAAGUUCAAAGCCCACAAACGGUGUGCUGUUCGGGCAACCAAUAACUGCAAAUGGACAACACUGGCCUCUAUCGGGAAAGAUAUCAUUGAGGAAGAAGAUGGGAUCUCAAUGCCACAUCAGUGGCUGGAAGGAAACCUCCCUGUGAGUGCUAAAUGCACAGUGUGCGAUAAAACCUGUGGCAGUGUUCUGCGCUUGCAAGACUGGCGCUGCCUCUGGUGCAAAGCCAUGGUACACACCACAUGUAAAGAUGUAUUACCAAACAAGUGUCCCCUUGGCCUCUGUAAAGUAUCUGUCAUCCCUCCCACUGCUCUUAACAGCAUUGAUUCAGAUGGAUUCUGGAAAGCCACUUGUCCCCCCUCCUGCACAAGCCCCUUGCUGGUCUUUGUCAACUCAAAAAGUGGAGACAACCAGGGUGUAAAGUUCCUUCGAAGAUUCAAACAGCUGCUGAAUCCGGCACAAGUUUUUGACCUUAUGAAUGGAGGACCUCACCUUGGUUUACGUUUAUUCCAGAAGUUUGACACUUUCCGGAUUCUGGUUUGUGGUGGGGAUGGAAGCGUUGGAUGGGUUCUCUCUGAAAUAGAUAGCCUCAAUCUUCACAAACAGUGCCAGUUGGGAGUGCUCCCCCUGGGUACAGGAAAUGACCUUGCACGCGUGCUAGGAUGGGGAUCUGCUUGUGAUGAUGACACCCAGCUCCCCCAGAUCCUAGAGAAGCUGGAAAGAGCAAGUACCAAAAUGCUGGACAGGUGGAGCAUCAUGGUGUACGAAACGAAACUCCCUCGACAGGCAUCCACCUCCACUGUCACUGAAGAUUUCAGUGAGGAUUCUGAGGUACAGAAAAUUCUCUUCUAUGAAGACUCUGUGGCUGCUCAUUUGUCCAAAAUCUUGACUUCUGACCAACACUCUGUGGUCAUCUCCUCUGCCAAGGUGCUUUGCGAGACGGUAAAGGAUUUUGUGGCUCGAGUAGGGAAGGCAUAUGAAAAAGCAACAGAAAAUUCAGAGGAGUCGGAGGUCAUGGCCAGGAAGUGCUCUGUCCUGAAAGAGAAGCUGGAUUCCCUUUUGAAGACAUUGAACGACGAAUCACAAGCCUCUUCAUCUCUUCCAAACCCACCUCCCACCAUAGCAGAGGAGACAGAAGAUGGUGAUGGAUCUGGCAGCGCCUGUGAUUCUUCUAGUGACCGCUCAAUGGGAUCCUCAUGCACUGCCAGACCCCAGAUAUUCCGGCCCCGGGAGCAGCUAAUGUUGAGAGCUAACAGCCUGAAGAAAGCCAUUCGGCAAAUCAUCGAGCACGCAGAGAAAGCUGUUGAUGAGCAGAAUGCUCAGACACAAGAGCAGGAGGGCUUCAUCCUUGGGCUUUCCACCUCUGAGGAGGGAAAAGAGCUGAGGAAUGAGGAUAAAAUCUCCCUAGAGUCAUCACAAAGUGGCAACUAUGGAAUUUCCAAAGGGAGGAGCCAUCGGAAAGUGUGUAAGUCUCCCUGUGAAAGACUAAUAAACAAAGGAAGUUUGUCACUCGGCAGCUCUGCAUCUCUUCCUCCCCAGACAGGAAACCGGGACAACCUGCCAAUGCUGAACACAAAGAUCCUUUACCCACAUAUUCGAGCUGGUAUGUCUGGUUCUCUGCCUGGCAGUUCUGUCAUCACCCGAUUAUUAAUCAAUGCAGGUCCAUUUAACGCUGAGCCAGAAAACCUGGAAUGUUACACAGAGAAGUGUGUCAUGAAUAAUUAUUUUGGAAUUGGACUGGAUGCAAAGAUCUCUCUGGACUUCAACAACAAACGUGAUGAGCACCCAGAGAAGUGCAGGAGUCGCACUAAAAACAUGAUGUGGUACGGAGUGCUGGGGACCAAGGAACUGUUACACAGAACAUACAAGAACCUGGAGCAGAAGGUCUUGCUGGAGUGUGAUGGACGUCCUAUCCCUUUGCCCAGUCUUCAGGGAAUUGCUGUACUUAACAUUCCUAGCUAUGCAGGAGGCACCAAUUUCUGGGGAGGCACCAAGGAAGAUGAUACAUUUACAGCCCCCUCCUUUGAUGACAAGAUCUUAGAGGUGGUAGCUGUGUUCGGUAGCAUGCAGAUGGCUGUGUCACGAGUGAUUAACCUACAGCAUCACCGGAUUGCACAGUGUCGGACGGUUAAGAUAGCGAUCCUAGGAGAUGAGGGAGUACCUGUCCAAGUGGAUGGAGAAGCCUGGAUUCAGCCUCCUGGGUAUAUUUGGAUUGUUCAUAAGAACAGGGCACAGACACUUACCAGAGACAGGGCAUUUGAGAACACACUGAAAUCUUGGGAGGACAAACAGAAAUGUGAGUUGUCCCGGCCCACCUCCUUCACCUUGCAUCCAGAGAUCAUGUCAGAAGAAGAAUCCACCCAGAUCAACCAGUUUGGCCAAGCAGCAGGAGCUCUGAUUCACAGUAUUCGAGAAAUAGCACAGUCCUAUCAAGACAUGGAACAGGAACUUGCUCAUGCAGUCAACGCCAGCUCCAAAUCUAUGGACAAAGUGUACGCCAAAUCCAAAUCAACAGAGGGUCUGAACUGCAGCCUUGUGGUAGAGAUGGUGAAUAACGUUAAGGCCCUGCAUAAUGAGACAGAUCUGCUGCUUGCUGGCAAAAUGGCACUGCAGUUGGACCCCCCCCAGAAGGAACAGCUCCUAGCAGCACUGACAGACAUGGAUCUUCAACUGAGGAAGCUAGUGGAUAUCCCUUGGCUAUGGCAGCUCAUAGAGCCCAGCUAUGAAGAGAACCAGAUGCUGGAUUAUUCUAAGCGCAGUCGCAGUGGCAAAUUUCGACUGGUGACCAAAUUUAAAAAGGAGAAAAACAACAAGAAUAAAGAGACUCGUAGUAGUAUGGGACUGCCAGUUCACCUCUGGGGAACAGAGGAGGUUGCGGCCUGGCUUGAGCAUCUCAGUCUUUGUGAGUAUAAGGAUAUCUUCAUCCGACAUGACGUCCGGGGCUCUGAGCUCCUGCAUCUCGAACGGAGGGACCUCAAGGACCUGGGAGUGACCAAGGUGGGUCACAUGAAGAGGAUAUUACACGGGAUCAAGGAGCUGAGCCGGAAUACUCCUGCCAGCGAGGUUUAGCCUCUGUUUUUGCAGCCUGUGUCUACCAUUCCCCCUAACGUCUACACAGCACUCACCUCACAGAGCAAAUGUGCUCAAAACUAUCUCAGCAGAUCAGCCAAGCUGUAGCUGUUCAGAGUUCAUAUUGACCAAUCAUGGUGCUACCUUUUUUCAUGUGGGUACAGCUGUGUCCAGUCAAGAGGCACCUUUUGUGUUUAGAAGUGUGGAGUUUCCUGGAUAUAAUUCACCUGCUGGUUGGACAAAAUCAUCGUGCUCUCAGACAUGGAAAGUCUUGGUUCCAAGAACAACACAGGUCUCCUGACAAUAACAACACAGCUACCUUUAAUGUAGAAUUUCAUCAUAUUGGAAUUAUUCAGGGAAGAAGAUGUACUGGCCAGUCUUAGUCCAGGAGUGUCUAGUAGCCUUUUCAGAUUCAAGACUUUCCCAUUGGGCUGUAUGUCACAGCUGUAUUAUACAUCACACAUAUGGGACAGAACUUUUUUUUCUCUUGUAGGACAGCCCUUCAGUUGCAUGUAACUUGCAACAAAAGCUCAAAACCAGUGCAAGUCGCUAUUAUAUAGCAAGUGAUUCUCUCUUGCACUUAUGCCUUCCAGUCAGCAGCACAUAUGGUUACAACAGUCUUUUGCACCAGCCUGCAGUCUUUCCCUUGGCCUGAGACUGUCCAUUCUCUGUCAGCCAGCAACAGUGAUACAGCUCCAAUAUUCCCAGCCACAGCUGGCAACUUUGUGGGAGUUCCAGCCAGCCAGAGGACAUCAUCUGACUCAUGUCUUAUCCCCUGAGGCUGGAGCAAAUGUAUGACAGGCAAAUUGACUCUGAUUCUGAAUUCACUGGUAGGAGACUGGGGGAAAGGAAAUUCUCAGGGCAGGAGAGGAACACAGCCAAGAACUUGGGCCAGUCAGAAAGUAUAAAUUAGUCAAAUCCAACAUAGCUUUUCCCCGUUUUCUUAGGGAUGCAGCCUGUCAGGCACUGAUUUAGACCCACUUAGAAAUGCUUUCAUUUCCGUUUAGUGCCAUUUCCAUGGCCCCAAGCAAGUGAUUUUAUUCCUAUACUUGGGCAGAAAACUUUCCUGUCUCAGAGGAACAAAAAGUUCUCCUUAAAACUUGCACCUCUUCAGUUUUUACCCAUUUUUCUAGGUCUUUCCCUCUUCUCCCAAGCUGCUUCUUUCUCUUACCAGUAGAUUUCAAAGGAACAUCAUGCAUGCUUCUUGGGACUGUACCUGCUAGUGAGAGUCCAUGUAUCAUGAAACAUUAAAGGUCACACAGAAGUAUUGAUUGUUUGGUACAAGGCUGGUGAACAUGUUGAAAAGUGUGUGUUUGGUGAAUAGCCCCUGGUGUCACCAGCUGUGCAAAAUGGGAAAGCCAGCACUUCUGAAUCAGAGAGCCUAGGCUGCUUUCACAUUCUUGUUUCAUUGGCUGACCCCUGUUGUGUGAUUGGCAAAGCCCAGAGACCCAUGUGCUUCAUUGAGUUGCCACAAGUCUCCCUGGGGAAGGCACUGGAGGCCAUGUAGCACUGCCAAGAUGGGAAGGAAUCUUAGUUAUGUUCUACCUUUUGUACGCAUGUAAUCUUUAGUUUUUUUUACGGAGUGGCAUUUGCCUGACCAUGGCUGUCAGCAGCAGAAUAAUACUAUAUGCAGUAUGAUCUGAUUUCCUGAGUUUCUUUUUCUUUAUUAAGAUAACCUUAGCUCUGUGCAUCAACUGAACCCGCAGAGUUAGUUAGGAUGUUUUAUGUAAUGAGUUUUGUACCCUGGGAGGUUAUAGGCCAGUUUUGUCCCUAGUGCCAACUCUGUUGAACUCAAGAGGAUCAUGCUAAGGAUUUCUCUGGUCCUCCAUAGUUUACUCAUGUAAAGUUGUUGGAGGGCUACACUUGCUUAAUUCUGAAACCAAAACUAGUGUAGACCUUGUGGGGAGGGAGCAGACAGGAAUAUGUUAGCUUUGCUCCAAUUGCUGUUCAUUAGUCUCCAUUUCCACAGUGUUUUUCACCUGUUCAGUAUAAAGCUCACAUGUGGAAUUUGAUGCCAUAUGUAUUGGAUGAUACAGAAUUGUACAUACAAUACUUCCCCCCAAAGUUUUUCCCAAUUGCUAUGAUUUGCUUGUCAAGAUGUUAAAUCUGUAUGAACAUGAGGAAAUCCCACUGUUAAGCAGAACCAUUGGGCAUUGCAAGAAUAUUCCUGAACUUUUGCAUUUUUGCUCGUGAUAAUUAAGUGACAGUCACUUCCCUUUCCCUGUUAGCCCCUUUGUAUAGAACAGCAUAUGCAUGUAUGUAGGGCUGGGAGAGUACCUCAGGAAAUAGAAGUACCAUGUGAUUACCCUGGAGAAAGAUACUGCAAGAAGGGGCUUAUCUUUUGUUCCACCGACUGGUGGAUAAGAUGAAGGAACCGUGGUUCUUGCCAUGUGUUCUCCAAGAAAGAGGCAUCAUGUGUAUUUACCCAGCUUGCUUUAUUGAGUUCUGGGCCAAUUAUAUUCUUCCCUCUAUAGGAACAGCCCGUCUGUAUCCUUCCCACUGUGAUUGAUGGUGAGAUCCAAAGAGCUCACCCCAUAUUUAAGCAUGUUCUGUAGAACUGCACCAUAUUGCAGAAGGGCUGAAGUAUAUCAGUACAUCUGCUCUGAGUAGUGAGUUUUGCAUUGAGAAAUUUUCAUGUCAUCAAGGGUUAAAGUGUGCACGUUUAUUAUUUUCCCCUUUGUUGAAUCCUGAUCCAUUUUUGUGUGUGUUUCAUCAACAUAUUCAUCGACAGUAUCAUGCUCUAUCCCUGAUUGAAGGAAGGUCAACCUUCUUUAAGAGUUAGAGAAUGUGGUCUUAUUCAAUCUGUGUGCCUUUGGACAUGCAUCAUGGUGUGUGUGUGUAUUUAUGUUUUGAAGGGAAGGUUACCUCUGUGUACCACUGUGCCAUUGGGAAUAAUGCCCAGAGGUAAAAUGGGAGCACUGGUGUUAAUCAAGAAAAGAUGUCCCUGAGAAAUAGUAAUACUGAGGUUCAGAAUUGUCUCUUUGGCAUCUCAGUUUUUCCAUAAGAGAGAAACUCAGGAAAAAAACCAAAACAGGCUGACAGUAUACCACUGCUGCUUUGCCAAAGCAGAGGCUCUUCUACUAUAUCAAGCAAAAUGGCCACUUGGGAGAAGUUGGCACUUUACACAGCUUGUAUGUGCAUUCUAAUUGUAAAGAAAUAUGAGUUGUGUUUAGGCUUCAGGUCAUCUUCUGCCUCAACAUCGCUGUACUCCCUGACAUUGAUUUUGAAGGAAGGGGCAGUAUCAUACUGUAGGAACUAGGCACACAAUUUCUGUUAGCUAUAGCAGGAUUCAUUGCCCAAGCAGUGCACUGGAAAUCUACACCUGUCAGCCCAUAGUCUUUUUCAGUCCAGUGGAGUUGCCUGCACUAGUUUGGGACAGAAUUUGGCCAUUAAAAUUAGCUGAGUGGGAAUGUCCCUGUUUGGACCUCCUGUAAGAAGAGGGCAUUUGUCUGUAGCAUGCUUUGACCUGUUCUGAUCAGGAGUUCCUUGCACACUUUCAACAGGUGUAUGCCGGCUGCUCACAGCAUAGGGGAAUUGUUUCUUGUUUGGUUCUACUGGAGCUUUUCACCAUGUCAGACCACGAAGACUUGACUGGAUAUACGCUGCACUAGAGAGGUUGCAUCUCUAGUGAGGAGCUUCUGCAUCCAGGAACCUCAGAUUGCACAGAGGCCCUUUAUCCCAGUGUCUCUUGGAAAGUGCUUAAUGUCGGACUUCUCGUGUAAGCUUCCUCUGUUUUAGUAUUAUUUAAUGCAGCAUACACGAUCUGUGUGAUAAAGUGACAGACUGUUUACACAGGACAUUUUGAAUCUAAAAGAAAUGUGUGUACUGUAACAAAAAGGAGAGGAUGAAAACUUUGUUUGUGUACCACUGUCUGCAGUGAUUGGAUGUCUGUCUCGUUGCCCACCCACUAUCAUUCCUCAGGGGUGUCCCACCAUUCCUGUGAUCCUGUUAGAAGCAUGGGGAAGCAUCUGAAUCCCUGUACAGUCUUGGGAAAAAGGUUUUGUGCCUUAAGAAUGGGACCUGAUUCCCUCCUAUUUAUUAUGUUAAUUUAUACAGUGAUUAUCUUGGAAUUGUCUUGUAGUUUAUGUACAUAGUUUGCUGUUGAUUGUUGUAAAUAGUUUUUUUUCUUGUAUAUAAAGUAAACGUGUUUCUGAUCUUCCAGUAAAGAAUUCCGCUAGUUA